AUGCCGUUCAAUUUUCUCACAUGCAUCUCAGUUUUCUCGAGUUUAGUGAUCAUCUUUUUUACUCUGACACUUUUCUCAUCGAGCACUUCACAAUUGCGGUUUACCGUUGAACCGUACGAUAAUCACGUCAAAUACAAAUACGUAGCGCCGAUAAAAAACAAAGCGUGUCCGAAUGGGAUUGAUGUUGUUUGGUUGUGGGUGAAUGGUUCAGACCCCAAUUUUUUAGACUUGUUAGCCAAAAGUGGGAAAAAGAGUGGAGCGGGGAGGUAUCGUGAUUACAACACAUUACAGUACUCCCUUCGCUCUGUAUAUGCAUAUGCCCCAUAUAUCAAGAAUUAUUACAUAGUCACGCUCAAUCAAAUUCCAGACUUUUUAAAUACGUCGAGUUUCCAGUUUAAUGAGUACACUUUACGUAUCGUCGAUCACAAAGAGAUAUUUCCAAACCCUAAAGACCUUCCUGUGUUCAAUUCCAAUUCUCUGGAAGUGUCUUUACACAACAUUAAAAACUUGUCGUCGUGUUUUCUGUAUUUGAACGACGACAUGUUGUUAGGAAAGAAGUUGGACAUCUCGCACUUUUGCAGGAAAGAUGGGAAAUUGAAUGUCUACCAUAACACGUGGAAUGCUCCCGAGGCAGAUGGGAUGAAGCGGAAUUUGUGGCAUCGCAGUGUAGGAAACAGCAACAAAUUAAUCAACGACAAGUUCCAUCCCCAGAACAAGACGAUCAAGCACCCAUACUCCAGUCACCACUGUUAUUUCUUUAAGACUCAAAUCCUUCAAGAGAUGGAAAAGAGUUAUCAAACUCAAUAUAACUUAACAAGAAAACACAAAUUCAGAGAUGGAACGGACUGUGCUGUCCCUUUCAUGCAUGCGGCAUAUUCAGUCGAGUCGAAUAGGGGCGUUUAUGUCAAAGAACGGAACUAUUACUACGGCCUUGUAGAUAACAACAAAACUAACAACUUGAAAAUAGUCAAUGGAGUCAAAAAGAAGAAACCACAGUGCAUCUGUUUGAACGACGGGCUUGACGAUAAAAAUGUGACUGCGAUGGAUAACGCAAUCGAAAGAAUGACGGACUGGCUCAAAGCGAUAUACCCAAAUCCAUCCCCCUUUGAAAAAUAUCAUUGA